AUGAGCUACGCAUAUCCAAACGCUCCGUUCCAUCCCGCCCGUCGCAAUUCCACCUCUGGACUUUCGAACAUCCUCGUCCAAAUACAAAACGCACUCCCGCCAUGGGCUCAGCAAUGGAUUGCGGAGCUGCGCGCGCAGUCGCGGGCAGGGAGACGGAGGAGCCCGAGUGAACUGAAAGCCAUGGGACGAUCUACGAUCAGACGGAUGGUUACGAUCGCAAAUGCGUUGAUUCUUUUCUGGGUGUGGACAUUAUGGUGGGGUGAGAGGACGGUGUUUCAGGAGAGUUUGGAGGGGUGUAGUUGGGGGGAGUGGGAGAAGUGGCCGUCGCAUGCUACUCCUCACCAUGUCGCAUUCGUCGCCGAUCCGCAAUUAGUCGAUCCCCAUACGUAUCCCGGACGGCCGUGGCCGCUGUCGACUUUGACGGUGAAGUUUACGGAUCAAUACCUGCGGCGGUCGUUUUCGUCGAUGCAGAGGGAUUUGGGACCCGAUACGGUGCUGUUUCUUGGUGAUCUAUUCGAUGGAGGUAGAGAAUGGGCGACGGGGACGACGUCUAGCCCCGACGAGCGCUACAAGAAAUACAAGGAUUCAUUCUGGAAGAAGGAGUACAGUCGCUUUGGUCGGAUAUUCUCAGACCAGUUCAAAGAAGGGGAUGCACUCUCGCGGGAUCCUCUUGGUCGACGGAUGAUUGCGAGUUUGCCUGGGAAUCAUGAUCUGGGGUUUGGAUCGGGGAUCCAGGUGCCUGUUCGGGAUCGGUUCCAGACGUUUUUUGGGAAGGGGAACCGGGUGGAUGUGCUGGGGAAUCACACUUUCGUGUCGGUCGAUACGGUGUCGCUUAGUGCGAUGGAUCAGCCGGAUCCGCAGACUGGCAGCACGGGGGCUGGGUCUGGGGAUGGGGAUUCGCCCAAUGAGGCGAUUUGGAAGGAAGCGGAGGAGUUUCUGAACCAGAUGAAUGUGCACAAGGCGAAGGCGGAGACACACGAGCUGAAGUCCCUCCGGGGCCAAGCUGAGGGAUAUCAAUUCCACCAUGCUGCUGUGGAGGUUAAAGAACCCUCGCUUGGCCAACUCCCGCAGUCGGAGACGGUUGGACUUCCCACUAUCCUUCUCACGCAUGUUCCAUUGUAUCGCAAGGCGGCUACACCAUGUGGGCCAUAUCGAGAACAUUACCCGCCAUCGUCGAGUGACGAGGAACCUCAAGAAGAUGAGCAGAACUCGCUGAAGAUCAGCGGCGGCUACCAAUACCAGAACGUCCUCACACAAACCAUCUCCAACGACCUGGUCUCGAAAGUCGGACCUAACCUCGUGCACGUUUACUCCGGCGAUGACCAUGACUAUUGCGAGAUCGCACACCGCGAAUUCAGUGGCUCGCCCAGAGAGAUCACAGUGAAGAGUCUCUCAUGGGCAAUGGGCGUCCGACGACCAGGCUUUGUCCUAACAAGUCUCUGGAACCCAAUCGAUCCUACCACGGGCAAGUCCCUCGAGAACGUCUCACCGACUCUGCAAAACCACCUAUGCCUCCUCCCGGACCAACUGUCGAUCUUCAUCCACUACGCAAUGGUCCUGGUAUUAACCCUGGUCACCCUCCUCGCAAGGGCAGUCCUGGUAACCAUAUACCCGUCCCAAUCAAACAACGCCGAUGCUGGCCCAAUCCUCCCCCUCACCAAAGUCCAGCGCCAUGUCCCUACAUCCAGUAUUUCCAGCUCUACAAUCUUCGCACCGCACGGUCUAGCCAGCCGCGGCACGAACACGAAUUCCAGAUCCUUUGAAUACUACCCAGAGAAAGGUCACGAGGGGAGUCCAACCAAGGGUACGUCUUCUGGGCAAGGGCACGGACAGCGGUCGGGGAAUGGGAAUGGGAAGGGUGUGUUGGGUGCUGUGUGGGGGGCAUUUCUGGGGGAGGUGUGGUUUGUUGCGAAGGUUGUGCUGGGGUGGUAUAUAUUUUUGAUAUGGAGGUGGUAG